CAAAUCUGUUAUCUAAAAGCGAUUGUAAGCACGCUUUGCAUUCUCUUUUUUUGAGUGAGAGAGAGAACACACUUGUCUCAUUGCACCCAUUGAGAAACAGACAUUCGGCGAGAUUCUGCUGGUGGGAAGCACUCCAGCUGCAAGGCGCAUUCCGUGCUUAGAGCAGUAUCGACCGUUCGAUAUUGCCUACGGUAGUCAUCAGACGUUGAGCCAGCAAUACAGACUACCGGAACAUUGCAUUCCGAUCCUCCUUGACAUCGCCGUCAGCCCACCUUUGCCAAUCGAUCUCUGUGGACUAGCGUGAGACAUGAGCGGCGACAAUCCCCAUCUCAAUGGAACCGGUGAAGGGUCGAACGGAUCUGAAGACGUAGAGAUGAAGGAGCAAUCACAGAGCACCAAAAAGAACUCAAAGCAGAACAAGGACAAGGAUGGCGAUGAUGAGAUGACUGUGGUAGUGCCACCCUUCAAGGGUGCAACUCCGACUGCGCCGACCAAAAAAACCGAUGCGGAUCUUGCAAACGGCGCAACAGGCGAAGAUGCUACGACAGUGGAUGAAGUCCCCGUUGAUCCACAAGAAAAGGCCAUCGCAGACAUCAAGGCAAACCUCCCAUUGCUCGAGCGUGCGGUCAGCCAGUUUGACCCUCGAUUCAGUCUUAGAGUCCUUCGCUCAAUAUCUUCGGUCAGAAAACAGCUCAAUGCGUAUAUCCUGGCUACUGUUGUCAUCGAAAGCUAUCCCACCCCCACAGCCACAGCCAUGUCGCUUUUGAGUGCUGUCAAGGAUGAUCCAUCCUUUCCUAGUCAAAAGGUGGAAACUUGGCAUAGUAGAAAAGAUGCGCAAACAGGCCCUACAAAGGAAAUCCUGCCCGAAGUCGAUGUGUACCUCUCGAUUCUGGUCCAAGUCUAUCUUUACGACAAGAAGCGGAUUGAUGCCGGCGUCCAGUUCUCCAGUGCUCUUGUUGAACACCUCCGCACUUUGAACAGAAGGACCCUAGAUUCGUUGGCAGCUCGAGUGUAUUUCUAUUAUGCACUUUUCUUUGAAGAAACGGCACCACUACCACCCUCUCCGGCUGCCGCUGUCAUCUCAAUUCGCAAACCUCUCUUGGAUGCUUUAAGAACUGCCACAUUGCGGAAGGAUCAAGAUGUCCAAGCUGCUGUGACAACAUUACUUUUGCGCAACUAUCUAUCUACCUCGCACGUCACACAAGCCGACCUAUUGAUCUCGCACGCUAAAUUUCCGACUACUGCCGCCAACAACCAGAUUGCUCGUUACCUGUACUAUCUUGGUCGCAUUCGAGCCAUUCAAUUGUCUUAUACAGAAGCCCAUGAUCACCUCACAAGUGCAACUCGAAAAUCACCCUCUUCUUAUAAGGCAAGCGGGUUCUAUCAGGCUUCUACGAAACUCCUCAUUGUGGUCGAGCUGUUGAUGGGCGACAUUCCAGACCGAGCAAUCUUCCGUCAGCCAAGCCUUGAAAAAUCCCUACAGCCGUAUCUUCAGCUUGUUCAAGCUGUGAGCUCUGGGGAUGUGAUUGGUUUCCAAAACCUAGUCCAGCGAUACAAUGCGACCUUCAGAAAAGAUGAUACAUACACGCUUAUUUUGCGGCUCCGACAGAAUGUGAUUAGGACAGGCAUCCGCAUGAUGUCCUUGUCGUAUGCUCGAAUCUCACUACGCGAUAUGUGUCUGCGACUCGGUCUCGACAGCGAGGAAUCUGCCGAGUACAUUGUUGCCAAAGCAAUUCGAGAUGGGGUCAUUGAAGCUAGUCUCGAUCAUGAGCGUGGCUACAUGAAGAGCAAGGAAGUGGGUGAUGUGUAUGCCACAAGAGAGCCUGGAGAUGCCUUCCACGAGCGCAUUCAAGCCUGUCUGGUCCUACACGACGAAAGUGUCAAGGCCAUGCGUUUCCCCAUGAAUCAGCACAGACUCGAGCUCAAGAAUGCCCAGGAAGCACGCGAGCGCGAGCGAGAGCUUGCAAAGGAGAUUGUGGAAGGGGAGAUGGACGACGAUGAUGCCCCUGGUGGUGAUUUUGAGGGGCUGUGAUCGCUAAUGCUAGUAUCUUGUAACGCAUUCGAGAGAGUAGGGAGCUUGAGGUAUCGCCCGGCCGGGGCAUGCAGAGAGGAAGGGAUCGUAUCAGAGGCCGUCCUGCAGUAUCAUAUAUCUGGAGCUUGGUUGCAAUACUCGGAGUUCAAGGGUACCAAUGCCCAAGCGGAUUUGGUCUUCGGGGCUAGAGAGCAGUGUCGUCACAGCGACCACCAUUCUUAAAGGCAGUGUCCAUGUACUAUUACUGCCCUGCAGGUCUUGUAAUGUCUUUGUCUUUUGUUCGACCUUUCCUGCGGUGUUCUAGUGACCAGAUGACCAGAGUUCCUUAUUCUGUGAUCGGGCAGUACAACUUCACAUACAGGCACGGCACAUGAUAUCGUAUAGGUGUGAUUUCAGCGUGAAGGAUCGGAG